UUCUUUCUCAAUGCUCCAAUGCGUUGGAGGCAUCUUUUCACCGAGCCGACUCAGACUCUGCCUUGGUUCAUUAGGGUUAGCAAGGCCAAGCGUCACCGCUCGUGAUUGUUUGCUCACGACUCAGUUCGCCGUUUCUCCAACGCAUUCUUUGUCGCUCCCUUUCCUUGUUUCUUCCGACGCCACAAAAACUAACUGAGAAAGAGACCACGAUGAACAGGAUAUUCGCUAUAUUUGUGUUGGUUGCAGCUGCUUUGCAUCGCUGUGCGGCGGACGACUCUGACACUCCUGCCGUGACAUGUGGAUCGGCCAUUAAAAUCACCCACGUAAAAUCUGGUGCUGGCAAAUAUCUUCUCUUUGACUCGGAAGGGAAAAACCGACAAGGAGGUAGUGGACAGCAUUUAGCUACUUGGCUUCGAGAUGAUCCGUCCAAUAAUCGAGCCAUGUGGUGGAUCCGUCCUGCUCAUCACGGCGUAGAUGACACGGAAUACCCAACUGGCGGCGAUGCCAGCAAGCAUCGGACGUGUCAUCGGGCAGCGGAAGAAGUCAAAUGCGGCGAUACCAUUCGAUUGACCAACAUGGCAACACGGCGACAAUUGCACAGUCACCAAGUCAAGAGUCCCUUAUCCAAUCAACAGGAAGUUUCCGUCUAUGAAGGACAGGAUUUUGGAGAUGAUUGGGUAGUAGAAUGCGUGGAAUCGUCCGGAGUCUGGAGACGAGGCGAGACGGUUCGGUUGAAACAUGUGCAAACAGGUGGCUACCUUGGGGCCAGCCCGGAAGCAGAGUUUAACGAACGAACCUGUGGCCGAAAUUGUCCCUUGAUGCAUCAUCUAGAAAGCUUUACGAGAGGUGGGAAAGAUCAUCUGUCAGAGAUCCGGGCUGAGCAAGGCAUAUACCUUCAUAUAUAGCUAGCUAGAUUAAAAAAGGGUAGCUAGUCAGAGAAUUUUCUGU